UCCGCUUCGACUUCUGCUUCCCCCACAUUUUCAAGAUUCUACCCUGCCAAAUCCAUCAGACUACCCAUUUCUCAUUGCUCCGUUGAAGUUCUCUGGGUCAUUAUGAGAACCACCAGUCUUCUUCUUGGGCUUCUUCUGGGUCUUGCUGGUACAUCAAAGGCAGAUGUCAAUCUAACAGUUGAUUUGAACUACGCCAAGUACGAGGGCGUCAAGGAGGAGGGUGGUGUUAGCCAUUGGCUCGGAAUCAGAUAUGCUGCCCCGCCUAUUGGAGAGUUGAGGUUUCGAGCUCCUCGACCACCUACUACAAACCAAACACUUCAGAAAGCAGACACUUAUGGACAUGUAUGCUACUCUAGCCCGUCAACAUCUCUAAAUCCUGCACUCGAUGAAGACUGUCUGUUUCUUGACGUCUAUGCGCCUACAAACUCUUCAAGUUCCCUGCCUGUUUUUGUCUGGUUUCCCGGCGGAGGAUUUAACAGCUUGUCGGAUCCAGAUACAAGCGCCUCACCUCUUAUCGAAGCUGGUGACUUUGGCUUUGUCGUCGUCACCAUCACCUAUCGCGUCGGUCCUUGGGGCUUCCUAGCUAGCCGUGAGGUAAAGGACAACGGCGAUCUUAAUGUGGGGCUCUUGGACCAGAGACGAGCGUUGCAUUGGGUACAGAGGCACAUACAUCUGUUUGGAGGUGACCCCAACCAUGUCACAAUCGGAGGAGCAUCAGCAGGAGCUGCAUCCGUGGACCUUCAUUUGAGUGCCUAUGGUGGCCGUGAUGAUGGCCUAUUCCAUGCCGCCGCCGCAGAAAGCCAGUCGUUCGGAGCACAGUUAACUGUCGAAGAGUCCCAAUAUCAGUACGAUGCCUUGGUCAAGAGAGUAGGGUGUGGUAACGCCACAGACAGCCUGCGCUGCCUCCGCAACGUCGAUAUUCAAACUCUAACGGAAAACAACCCCAAUAUUCCCACUCCUGGAUCAGCCGGCGGAGCCCCAAAUUUCAUGUGGUCGAACGUGAUCGACGGAAACUUCACCCCAGAUUAUACAUACAAGCUAUUCGCCGAAGGCAAGUUCGUCAAAGUGCCCGUCAUUUUCGGCGACGACACGAACGAAGGAACGGUCUUUACCCCCAAGAACAUAUCCGACUACACAUCCAUGAACAACUUCCUGCGCAACAACUUUGUGAAUCUCAACUCGACGCACCUCGACAAGAUCGACAGCCUAUACACCGAAGCGGGCCAAUACCCCGGCGCCGGUGCGUAUUGGCGAACAGCAGCCAACGCCUACGGCGAGAUGCGCUACAACUGCCCUGGGAUAAACCUGAGUGCCACGUUCGACCAAGCCGGCAUACCCAGCUACAACUACCACUGGGACUACCUGACGUCGCAGAACGGGGAGACCGGAAUCGGGGUGCAGCACACGGCGGAAUUCGGCUCCAUCUGGCAGCAGUCGGACCAUCCGCUUUCGGUUAUCAUCGCGAGCUACUGGGCCAGUUUCAUACGGAGCAAGGAUCCGAAUACGUAUAAGCUGGAGAGCGCGCCGACAUGGGAGACGUUCGGUGCGGGUAUGCAGAGGGUUCAUUUCCCCAAUGAUAGCAGUCCGGUGGCGAUGGAAAAUGUGCCGGAUGAUCAGAAAGAGAGAUGUGAAUAUCUGAGUAGUAUCGCUGUGGACCUCAGCCAGUAG